AUGUAUACCAGUAACUUAGUUACAUUUCUAUUUGCGAUUCUAUGGGUGUUUGUACCUCAUGUGUUUGCAUUAACUGAUAUUGAAUAUAGUGUAUUACAAAAGAGAUUCGAUAGUUAUUAUUCUAACAAUAAUACUAAUGAAAAUAUAUCUGUUAGAGGGAUUACAGUAGGUGGAUGGUUGGUCACUGAACCAUAUAUUACACCUUCUUUAUAUAACCAUGCUACACAAAUGAUGUCCAAUUCAACACAUAAUACUACACUUUAUAAUGUCUUCAAUAGUAGUAUUAUUGAUGAAUAUACACUAUGUAAAGCAUUAGGUUAUGAUAAUGCAAAAAGUUUAUUAGAAGAACAUUUUCAAACAUGGAUAACAGAAACCGAUUUUGAACAAAUUGCCGCAGAUGGAUUUAAUUUAGUUAGAAUUCCAAUUGGUUAUUGGGCAUGGAAGCAAAACCAUACAAUUAAUGAAUAUAUUGACGGAAUUACCUUUGAAGAUCCAUAUGUUGGUGAAGGUUUACAACUUUAUUAUUUAAAUCAAGCGAUUGGAUGGGCAGAAAAGUAUGGAUUAAAUGUUUGGAUUGAUUUACAUGGAGCGCCAGGUUCCCAGAAUGGAUUUGAUAAUUCAGGUCAAAGAAACUUUUAUGAUGAUCUUGGCUGGUUGAAUGAUUAUUCUACUACUAAUUUAACAAUGUCAGUUUGGUCAAAAAUGUUUGAUACAUUUUUAAAUUCAAGUGAUUCAAUUGUUGGAAUAGAAGUAAUGAAUGAACCAUUAAGUAGUAAGAUUGAUAUAUGGAAUAUUACACAAGCUUAUUAUAAUGCAUUUAAUCUAUUUCAAGAGAGAGAAGAUCCAAAUAAGAAUAUUACAUUUAUUAUUCAUGAUGCAUUUGAAGGUAAUGGAUAUUGGAACUUAGAAUUUAAUCCGCAAUACCGAAAUGUUAGUGAUCAAUAUGAAAAUACUCAAAAUUUAAAUAAAACAUAUUAUAAUUCACAACAAAUUUUAAUUGAUCAUCAUCAUUAUGAAGUGUUUACAGAUUGGCAAUUAGCAAAUAAUCAAUUUAAUAGAUUAAUGGAUGUUAUAAAUUUUGGUGAAUCAAUUAAUAAAGAAUUACCAUAUCAUCCAGCUGUUGUUGGUGAAUGGUCUGGUGCUAUAACAGAUUGUGCCACAUGGUUAAAUGGUGUUGGAGUUGGAUCACGUUAUGAUGGAUCAUAUUACAAUACAACAAGAUAUUCAACGGAUGAUUUACCAGUUGGGAAAUGUUAUUCACAAAAUCCAAUAGAGCAAUGGAAUGAAACUUAUAAGAGAGAUGUAAGACAAUUUAUUGAAGCACAGAUUGCUACGUAUGACAAACAAACUACGGGAUGGAUCUUUUGGAAUUGGAAGACAGAAGAUGCUUACGAAUGGGAUUAUAAACAAUUAAAAGAAGCUGAAUUAUUUCCAUCGCCAUUAACAAAUUUUACUUAUUUUAAUAAGAAUAAUGGUAAAAUGAAUGCAGAUGUAAGUUCUUCAUUAUCAAGAGAAGCGUAUCCAAUAACUUCUUCAUCAUCGUCGUCGUCGAUAGUAUCAUCUGGAACAAGUUCCAAAAAUUCUAAAAAUAUUGGAUCUGGACCACUUUACAAUCAUUACUCAACGAAUAAUAAUCCUAUUUGGUCUCUUCAAGGUGCGAAAUGGCUCUCUAAUGUGACUGUAUUAUUAUUAAGUAUAGUAAUUGCAGCUCAUAUCUUAUAG